AUGGAUUACAGUCAUCAGAAGGAAACGUCGAAGAUCCCGACUGAGGAAACUCAGAAGUUAUCUAAGAAGACUUAUAAACCAAAGAAUAUCAAACAACAAUAUCAGAAUAGACAGCUGGCGCAAGUGGUUAUCGAAUUGAUCAAUGCCAAUGAACAUGAUUCAUUGGCAUAUCUGGCAAGAACGAAGGGAAUCCCCCCGCAGCUGAGGUAUUUGGUUUGGCCAAUUCUAUUGAAAUACCAUCCUAUGUGUAUCUCUCCAAACAUCAUCUCGAAUACAAUCAUAUGGAACCAAGAGACAAAAUCCUACGAAUUGAAUGCCAAAGAAUCGACAACAUCUGUAACUGAGACCAAUAAGGGCAAUAAGAAUGCUCAGAAACAAGACAUCAAUGCUAACGACAAUAAACCAGACUCAGAACUAGAAUCUUUGAUAAAACGUGAUUUGAAGAAGUACUUUCAUAUAAGAAGAAAAUACCCAGAUAAUCAACAGGAAAAUAAAACGCACCCUGCUGCUUCACAACCAACUGUUAACGAUCUAGAAACAAUAGACGAUCUAGAGACAAUCGAUUUAUUGAAAACUUCUAUAUUGAAUUUUCUGAAUAAAUGGUCAAAGGUUUUCUCGUAUGAACCUGGGCUGGCUUGGAUCGCAGUUGGCUUGGCAGAAUGGUUUCCUCUUUUCGAAGAAGAAGAGAUUAGUGCUGAAGGUCCUCUUCUUUUGAAUGUAAAAAAACAUAGUAAUGUUGAACAAUCAAAAAAACAAGAAGCUCAGGAGACAAAGAACCACGCUGUUGAAAAUUCUGCUGCCAUAAAUGAAACCCAGAAUGAAGAUGCCACUAAAUCAAAAAAUACAACUAAUGCUCCACCCACUUCAUCGUCAUCUUCUAAAGUCAGAACAAACUAUAUGAGAUUAUUUACUGAAUAUCCAUUACCAACGCUUUUGAAAACGCAAUUGCCAACCUCAAACAUGUUUAACUUUAGUGAAUUGUAUGAAAGAUUACUGUUGGUAAUAUUGCAUUCUCCAGAUUCAAUUGAAGCCAAGAAUAACAUUGUAAAACAUCUGAGUUUAGAUGUAUCAAAUGAGAACAGUAACAAUAAUUAUUUCCCAAUACUUUCAGGCGGAAGUUUAUCAUUCCAGAUCCAACUGUUUUUCAAAGUUUUUUCGAACAUACUACCAGAAUUAUACCAACCUUUAAUUGAUGAAAUACCGUAUCAACAGAACACAUCCUCUAAAAGUUGGCUAUAUUGGUGGAUAAAAUUCAGCGGUGCUAGAACUUUACAUAAACUUGACAGGGCAAGAGUUUGGGACCUAUUACUGGGAUGGAGACCUGAACCGAAUAUGAACCGAAUAAACUUUUACUUGAAUUACAACCAGAAAAAAUUUGACCAUCUAUACUCAACCACAUUUUCAUCGAAUGUUAAAUUCUUAAGCUCCAUAUCGAAAGAUGACCCUUUUUGGUUUCCAGAUUUAGACUCAAUUCCAAUUGGUGAUAAAAAUUUUCCAUACGAUUAUGAUGUUUUCAGACAGUUAUUGAUUUUAAAUAAAUUUGAAAAGAGCAACCUAGCAAAUAAAGAGGAAUCUAAGGCUCAAGAAUCGGUUUCCGAUACAAACGAUGACAAAAUACCAUUUUCACUAAUUGAUCCUCAUAUCCAGAUAAUUUUUGUCUACAUGGCUAUUCUGCAGUAUAAUGAAUUUAAAUUACUUGAAUACGAAGAGUCUGAGAUUACAGAAUUUUUAAAUAAUGUGCCGUUGCUUUCCAAAGCUGAUAAUGCAAGCUUCAAGAAAAUAGGUGAAUCAAAAAAAGUUUUUAAAAUACUACAACCGGCAGAGGAAGAAGAGAAGCCAAUUUCUGGGAAAAAUAUCGUAGACACAGAUAACUUUAAGGUAAAUAAUGAAAGCUCCAAAUCAAAACGCAAUACACCAGAUAUUUCUGUAACAACCACAGACUCCUCAACUUUGGAGGACAUAACUCGUCAAUCUACACAAUCCGAAUCAAAAUUUCAAUUUCCGGAUGAGAAUAUUGAUAGUAUCUCGAACUCAACACAAACAACAAGUCAUAUGCGAAUCGAAGUAGGAAACGAUGCAAAAGCAUCUAAUUCAUUCGAUAACAUUUUACAAAUGGCAGGAGACAUUUGGCGUAAAUGGCUCUGGAGAGAAAUAGAAGAUACAUCAAGCGAUGAUCUAUUCAAUUUCGUAGAUUCAUAA